UGGCACUCGGCGGGCGUGUGCUUGUCAGCAGCACCUGGUGACCGUUGAUUACUUGAUGAAACUAUCGUGACUUUUUCUGUAAAUGUACCUGCGGGACAACAUUGGACACCUCCGUGUUUACUCGUGUUGCCCGAACAAGUAAAGAAAAGCCGGUGAGAGAAGAAGUUCUUCUGACGUGAUAUCUGGAGACCGGGGGGACGUUAUGAAAACGGUGAAGGACGAUGGAGAUGUGACGGUGGCGUCUUUAAAUCGAUUUACUAGAGAGGCACCUCCCUCUGGGAUGUCCAAGAAUGGAUACUUCUUUCAAGAAAUGGAGCAGCGGGAGGUGGAGCAGGAGGAGGGCAGCGAGGGCCGAGAGGAGGGACAGGACUCACCGAUCGCCUGCGGAGAUGACAUCCAUCUCUAUGACAACCAGAUCAGCCCUGGGCCAGAUGCUGACGACUCCGGUUGUGUGUUACUGAACACAUCAAGAAAGUAUGUGAAGCUGAUGAACUUUGAGGAGGAGAUCCGAGCCCACCGGGACCUGGAUGGCUUCCUGGCGCGGGCCACUAUCCUGCUGGAUGAGACCGCUGCCUCCCUGGAUGAUGUCCUGAAGAGAAUGCUUCACCACGUGGGCCAGGACAGCAAUGCAUCUGAGCCCAGCUGCAACUUCGAAGAGGUGAUGAGCAUGCUUUUCACAGAUGCGGGAGCGCAGGAGGUCAACGUGCACCUACUGUCAGAGACCAUCCAGGGAGUGACAGCCACCGCUACCGGGAUCCAGUACCAGCAGUCCUGGCUCUGCAUCCUCUGCAACGUGAAGCAUCUCCAGAGGCGUCAUGUGUGCAUCUCCCGUCUGGAGAGGCCGCAAAACUGGGGGGAGAACUGCUGCGAGGUCCGCUAUGUCAUCCUGAUCCUGGCUCCACUCAAAAUGAAAAGCACCAAGACAGCGAUGGAGCUGGGCAGGACGUUCGCCACCCUCUUCUCUGACAUCUCCUUCAGGCAGAAGCUGCUGGAGACCAAGACGCAGGAGGAGUUUAAGGAGGCGUUGGUGUUACAGAGGCACCAGCUGACGGCAACCAACCAGCUGCCCACCGCUCUGGGGAAGGAGGAGACCGACCCCCGCAGUCACAAGCCCCUCAAGUGUCAAGAUUUUUUCAAAGUCGGCCGGGGGAUUUAUGAGGACUUCUGCCGCCGACUGCCUUUCUACCCCUCUGACUUCACAGAUGGUAUAGUUGGCAGUAAUAAAACCUUGCUGAAGUACAUGACCACAGCCAUCUUCCUCUACAUUGCCAUCCUCCUCCCUGCCAUCGCUUUCGGCUCCCUCAAUGACGAGAGCACACGUGGUGAGAUAGAUGUUCGGAAGACCAUCAUCGGCCAAAGCAUCGGCGGGGUCAUCUACUCGCUGUUCGCCGGCUCUCCUCUAGUCAUCCCCCUAACCACAGCUCCCCUCGCCAUCUUCAUCAGUGUGAUCCGAGGAAUCUGUGACGACUACAACCUGGACUUCCCAGCUUUCUAUGCCUGCAUCGGUCUGUGGAACUGCCUCUUCCUCAUCCUGGGAGGGAUCUUCAAUGUCAGCCUGCUCAUGAAGCUCUUCAAAAGGUCCACAGAGGAGGUCAUUGCACUGUUUAUUUCCAUCGCAUUUGUUGUGGAUGCAGUGAAAGGCACAGUCAAAAUCUUUCAAAGGUACUACCACGCCCCGACGCUGGCUAACGGAAGCAUAGAGACCUUCCCUCAGGGUGCAGACCUGCUCGGGGGGAACCGGAGCGAGGUGGCGGCUGGGUUAGCACUCAACGCCCUCCCUGAAUCCAUCAUCCAGUGCACUCGAGAGAGGCCCGUCCUCUGCCUCCUGCUGAUGCUCGGGACAUUAUGGAUGGGCUAUACUCUCUACCAGUUCAAACGGAGCCCGUUCCUGCAUGCCAAAGUGAGGGAGGUGCUGUCGGACUGCGCCCUGCCCAUCUCAGUGCUCCUCUUCUCCUUCAUCGGCUCCUACCUUUUCAGUGACAUUGAACUUCCCGUCUUUAAAGUUCACGACCGUCCCGUCUUCAACGUGGCUCCGUUCGAGCGUCUGUCAGCCAUGAACGUGGUCAGCGCCAUGGGCCUGGGCUUCCUCCUGGCCCUCCUCAUCUUCAUCGACCAGAACAUUGUUGUCUCACUGACCAAUGCACCGGAGAACAGGCUGCUCAAGGGCACGGCGUAUCACUGGGACCUGAUGCUCUCUGGGCUCAUUAACAUACUGAUGUCGGUGCUGGGGUUGCCCUGGAUGCACGCCGCCUUCCCGCACUCCACCCUCCAUGUGCGCCAGCUGGCUUUCGUGGAGCAGCGCGUGGAGGGGGGCCACCUCUAUGAGACUAUCGUCCAGGUGAAAGAGACCCGGCUGACGUCUCUGACUGCCAACAUCUUCAUCGGAGUGUCAGUGCUGCUGCUGCCUCUGCCGCUGCAAUGGAUCCCGAAACCGGUCCUGUACGGCCUCUUCCUCUACAUCGCCCUCACCUCCAUCGACGGAAACCAGAUGUGCGACCGCAUGGCUCUACUCCUCAAGGAGCAGACGUCUUACCCGCCCACCCACUACAUCCGCAAAGUGCCCCAGAGGAAGAUCCACUACUUCACCUUCCUGCAGAUGAUGCAGCUGCUGGUUCUCUGCACGUUUGGCAUGUACCCCAUACCGUACAUGAAGAUGGUCUUCCCUCUGUUCAUGGUCAUGCUAAUUCCAAUCAGGAACAACGUGCUUCCUCAUAUCAUUGAGGCGAAAUACUUGGACAUAAUGGAUGCCCAACACAUGUAGCCACAGAUGGAGACAAGUUCUGGAUCCACCAAAAAAAGAAGGGGUCUGGAAUUGAGAAAAUGAAAGGAAAUGAGGAUUAAAAAACAACAAGAUAUUUUUCAAUGCAACACUGUACGGAAGCAAAAAGGAGAAUAACCGACUGUUUGGAUUUUUGUAUCCGAUAAGAACAUUCUUACAGGGGAAGCACUGGAAAUGUGGGAAGUCGCGUGAGAAAGAGAGAUGAGAGCUGUUGGAAAUCUGUCCAAACGUGGACAGACAGCAUCUCUCUGAGGGAAAGUUCUACCGAAGAACACGAGCAUCCAGAACUCCCUGUUUCACCUCCGUUUGACCCCGUCAGCUUGUUCCGUGCCAUAUAUACCUCCACGUUCUCCUCUCACGCCAUAUCAAUAUAAUUACAAUAUCUUUACUAAAGUGUAUUCAUCUGUGUUUUAAGCUAAAAGUACUCACUAAUACUGUGUAAGUAAUUAAAAAUGCUGCCAGUGUACAUUGUAGAGUACGUAGAAAGGUGUAAUGGCACAAUGUAAGUAUGAACAAUAUUUUUUUUGGGGGGGGUUUGACACUUUGCACUCACAUUGUGUUUUUACACUGUCAUUUGGGGAAAUAUUGCAUACUUACACUGUGUUGAUAAAUACUUUUUUUUUUUUUUUUUUUCCUGUGGGUGAAUUAGCUGGUAAGAACACUGCAUUUAAGCCACUGCAAAGUAAAGCUGUACUUUUUGUAAUUCUGUCAUUGUGCAGUGUUAAAACCUUUACAUUCCUGCACCUUUUAGCUGUGAUCCCCCUUUUUCUACCAAGGACUCUUGUGCCCGUGCAUAUUUAGUUUCUAAGUCAUUCCAGCAAAUGUCAGUGUUCAUCAAGGAGGCAAAGGGGGGUGUGUGUGUGUGUGUGUGUGUGUGUG